CAUCCACUGUUCAGAAAGCGAACCCGGAAGCUUCCCAUCCUUCCCAGUCCCACUACACUGCCGCCGGAAGGAGACGAACCACAAAACCCUGACCUGACCCUCCCCGUCGACCUCAUCCGCCGCCGCCGCCGCCGCCGGAGGAGGAGAUGGACUUCCAGGUCGUCGUCCUCGCCGGAGGCACCUCCGAGAAGCUCUCGCCCCUCGUCUCCAAGGACGUUCCCAAGGCCCUCCUCCCCGUCGCCAACCGCCCCGCGAUCUCCUACGUGCUCGAUCUCCUCGAGUCCAGCGACCUCAAGGACAUCAUCGUGGUUAGCAAGCGACCGAGCUCUUCUAUUUCUGCUCUGCCUCCGCUCCGUAGCUGGGCGCUACCAUUGGCUAAUGCGCCUGUGCGUUUGCUGCAGGUGGUGGAGGGGCAAGAGGCGGCCCGCCUCGUCGGCGCGUGGAUCUCUAGUGCUUACCUGGACCGCCUCGUCGUGGAGGUAGUUGCAGUUACUGAGGACAUUGGAACUGCUGGUGCAUUACGAGCUAUUUCAAAGAGACUGGUCGCAAAUGAUGUUUUGGUGAUUAGCGGCGACCUAGUAACUGAUGUACUUCCUGGGGCUGUUGCUGCUACCCAUAGAAGAAAUGGUGCAGCUGUUACUGCUUUACUAUGUUCUGUUCCUGUUAGUGGUCCUUCAGAUGCUGCUUCUUCGGGAGGGAAAGAUAAGGCUAAAAAACCAUGUCGACUGAACAUAGUUGGGCUAGACAUAACAAGACAAUUCUUGUUGCAUGUUGUAUCAGGAACUGAUGUUGAAAAGGAUGUUCGAGUUUAUAAGAGAAAAAUUCGAGCUGUAGGUCAGAUGGAAAUUCGAAGUGACCUGAUGGAUGCUCAUCUUUAUGCCUUUAAUAGGACAACAUUGCAGGAUGUACUGGAACAGAAAGAAACAUACCGUAGCAUCAGACUUGAAGUACUCCCAUAUUUAGUGAAGAGCCAGUUGAGGUCAGCUCCAUCAGGCGGUGAAGGAACAAUAGUUGAUGAAACUGGGAAUGUUGUAGUUCCGCCCAGCAGCAAUUUACAGUGCUUGUCACAACAUCGCGCAAUUGCACCAUCUGCUUUCAAGCAAGAUUUAUUACCAAGUUCAGGCGGCGGAACACAUAGGUGCUGUGUUUAUAUUGCUAGUAAAAACAAGUACUGUCACCGUUUGAACUCCAUUCAGGCGUACUGUGAUAUCAAUCGAGAUGUUAUAGGGGAAGCUAGUCACCUAUCUGGUUAUUCCUUCUCUUCACAUAAUAACAUCAUCCACCCAUCGUGUGUGCUUGGAUCGAAGACUACAGUCGGGCCACAGUGCAUGCUUGCUGAGGGUUCACAGUUAGGUGACAAAUGUGGUGUCAAGCGAUCUGUGAUUGGCCGUCAUUGUCGUAUCGGUUCGAAUGUGAAGAUUGUCAACUCUGUUGUCAUGAACCAUGUGGUUAUUGAAGAUGGCUGUCACAUCCAAGGUUCUGUUGUAUGUAAUAAUGUGCAACUUCAAGAGCGUGCCGUUCUGAAAGAUUGCCAGGUUGGAGCUGGUUAUACUGUGACUACUGGUAGUGAUCACAAGUCAGAAUCCCUGGCGAGAAAGUAGAGCACAUUUUGAUUGUUUUGCGGUGGACUUGAGCACAUGUGCGUAUCAGAUGCACCCCUAGGAGUAAAGAAAGGGGAUACAGUUCUGUUUUGAGAUUUCUUUUCUUGCAGUUUCUCGUUUGAGAUAUGAUAGCAGAAUUUUGGUUCCAGUAACAUUCUGAAAAUUUAUCGUGUUCUGAAUGUGAACUGCAGUUAGUGAGAUGGUUUCAUGGAGUGGCUCCUUUUUAUCUCGAGAUGGAUUCAUGGCACGUCUUGGAUCAAUGGCUUGCUUGGAUCAAUCAUUCUACCUGCUGUCAAAAAGUAAAGAAAAAGGGUAGUCAUGCAAUCUGUUUCGCCUACAUGUGGUUGCUGCCUUGAGCUGGUUUGCGAGUAAUGCUUCCCGCGCUAAAUGUUUGUUUUCCGAAUGGCCAAAACCGUGUUAAUUGAAACUACCCCCAAAGUAUAAGGAGUAGUAUUAAUGUGCACUUUCGGACAGGGAUCAAAUGACACAACAAUUAUAUGUCCCAUAUCUUAUGGAGGUGUUUUGGUUCGUGUUUU